GCUGACUCGAUCGCUGACUUGGGCGCGCGCGCGCACCGACACGCACGCAUCCAACACGCGUGUUCGCCUGCUCCUCCGCAGAGUGGGCAAGGAUAGAGUAGCGUGGCGUGAGGUGGUUGCGGUGAGUGCCGGUGGUCUCCUGGAGGAGGCGUGCGCUCUGGUUCUCCCGGCGUGCUUCGUCUCUUCAAGUCGGGCAUCUCUGCGCGACACACUUGCUCCCGGUGCUCCCUUCUUUUUUACCCAAUGCCGGAAAUGUGCGCACACCGCGGGCCCACCAGCCGCCGCCGCUCCACGUGAGCUCGAAAGGGAAUCACCGGCGCGACGAUGUUCGCACGGGCAGCUACGCUGUCGCAGCGACUGCAGAAGCGCCGGCGUACCGGGCGCUUGAUGUCUGAUUGUGCGUGAAGACAAGCCGACAUACCCGUCUCUCGAGGCCAUCUUUUUUGAAAAGUGUUCCAAGUGUUUGUGACGAUUCAUUGGACGAUGGUGCACCGCCGAUUCGAGUUGGUCCUCUGUUGGUGCGCGCUGGUGGCAGCCGUCGGAUACGGACACCUGCUCGUCGACAGGAGCGCCAAGCAGCGGGUGCAGGCGCUGCUGGCCCACCAGAACCCCAUCAGUGCGCUCAGGACGUCGGCGCCGGUAUCUCCGCUCGGAGUGACGCGCAGUGGCCCAGUGGCUCCCUCCGGCGGCAGCGCCACGUCCUCCCGGUCCGGUGACGGCCGCAGCGGUGCAAGCAGCGGAAGCUACGCCGACACCGUGCGGCUCCUGUACAGCGCCAGGGACGCCCGCGAAGCUAGGAUACGGGAACCCCGCGUCACGCCCGUUCUCUCGCAAGAACUGGAGGAUGUCCGGAGCGCCAACGAGCACUUUCUGCGCAUUCGGACGACGGCCCGGUGCCGGGUGCCCCGCACGCGCGUCGUUCACGUCAAGGAGUUCUACUCGGACCCGAGCAAGGAGUACCUGCCCCGGUGCACCAUCCUACACCGGUGCGGCGACGACGCCGGAUGCUGCGACAGCGAGCAGUACCAGUGUGUGCCCCGGGCAGUGCAGGAGGUCACCCUGCACUUCUACACGAUCCACCUGCAGAACCAGAACGGCGGCGAGGUGGGCCUCCGAAAUUCGGUGACCAAGCUGCUCUUCCCCAACCACACCGAGUGCGAGUGUCAGCCGGUCAACGACAUCCCGCGCAUGGCGGCGAGGCCCUCGCACAUCGCUCACCACUCGGGAGAACACAACAAGGUGUCGCUGCACGCCCCUUCCUCGGAAGACCCCGACUUGGCCGCCGGAUCGGGCAUGCACGAGGAGCUGCCCUCGGGACCACUCAAGGGUGGCCCACCGAAUUUAGAACGGCCACUUAGGGGGUCUCACGCUCCCCACCUUCCUCCCCCCGAACUGCUGCUUUUGCUGGGCGCACCACCACUGCCACCGCCGCCGCUGCCGCACAACAACAGCAACUACGACUCCGGGCAAGCGCAAAAGAGGCAUCGCCGAUUAGGUAUUCUGGGCGAGGCUCGACCGCGAAGGAAAAGCCGAGCAGUGUGGGGGUGUCAUAACUGUCCGGAACCGUUCUCACGACGGCAGUACGAAGACGGACGCUGCAGCUGCGACUGUUUCGAGAAGCAAAAGCGAUGCCUCAAGAUCAAGAGGGGGCGGGAACCGCUCGGAGACCUGGCCCGAAGGUGCGUCGAGACGCAAGACUGUCACGUACCCGAGUGCGAGUACGGAUUGUACGACGUGGACUCGGGCCGCUGCCCCAAGCGACCGGACUACUGGCCCAAGCACGUUGCCGACCGGAAAGUUCACCCGCAUUCCCACAGAUGGCAGUUCUUCGAGCGCGACUGAGCACCACGACCGCGUCUCCGCCGCUGCUGCCGCCGCCGUUAUCACUUGUUUCGUUGUUUCUUUUUCGCUCGCUGCGUAUCGCCCACGUCUGCUGGCAACAAUAGUGCAAGCGCUUGCGGUAGCCCAGCGACCACCGGGCAUUCCAGUCUUGACCAAAACCGACGCCCCGUGUCGCCUUCGUCGCAGCUCUCGCCUGCCCAGCAGAGCUGCUUCGCUUUGAACUUUGAACUCUGGAUAGACGAAGGAAGCGGACGCAAGGCGCGCCGAGGGAGAGACGGAGGAGAGUGUGCUGGGCGAAUAGUUGUGGAACUUGUUUGUUUCUGUGCGUGUGUGCGCGUGUAUGAUUUUUUUUUGUUUGUCUGCGCCAUGCCGGUGACUGUUAUCAUCGUCUGUUUAGUGUAUGUACGUUUCGCGUCUCCUUUCUUUCGUUAUUUAAGGUUUCCGCUCUGACUCGAGCGAGCUCGCAUAGCUCCCGUGUACCCCGCUCACGUGCUGGUACACUCGCGUACAGAAACUUCAACACAUCGACACCACAUACAAAACGACAGACGUUCUUGGUGCACGUACGUGACAUGAAGGUGUUGCUUUUUCUUUCCUUUAUUUUAUGUUUGUCUCUUCCCGCUGGCGUGCUCUCGCUGUUGUGCAUAGCCAACCAUGGCAAUACGGUGAUUCACGUCACUAGCUAGAGACUUUACUUCUGUUUCUCUUAAUAUCGUAGCAGGUGGUACACUGAAAAGAGAAAAGAUAAAGUAAAGAAAAACGGCAAGCCAGAAUGGUUAAUUUCUAAAAGCGACGGCUCGUUUCUGUUUCCCAGUUCACGUGCACGUCCCAAUCUUCUCCCGUGUUAAAGUUGAGCUUUACUAGCUCAGUAUAUUGACUGUCAAUACGUUGGAGUAUAUACAACUUUCUGAUUCGUACGACAUAUGCAUGAGCCGUGUGUUAAAACUACAGGCUUUGCCACUGAUAUUUAACACUUACACGUUAGUUUGCUGUUACAAUGCAAUAACAUGUUGCAAUGUCGAGGCAGCCUUGUUAACGCUUGCUUCCAAGCUCUCCCUUACGCUGUUACACUUGGCCUCGCUGAAACUGUUACGCAGUUAAACUUGUUACAAAUCGAUGCCAUCCUCUGUACGUUGCGUCAUGUUGGGAAUUCCUGCACUGUUUACCUGCAAACUGUAGUCUUACACUUUUACCCUGCAUAUCGCUGUUGUUGUGUUUGCGCACACGCAUGAUAACGUAUUACAAUGCACAGACCAAGUGUGUGUGUGUUUGCCUAAUGACUAAAGCUAACUCACUGCCUCCUUUUUGUACUUUUCAUACCCACUGAUGCAAACGAAUGAAAAAUGGCAUCUUUCCUAUCAUUGUUUAAAUACCGCUGAGAAUACCUCUACACGAGAAGGGUCGAUUUCCUUCUAGCUGAAUGCGGUUUAGUCACCCUGUGCAGCAAAGUGUUAGUAGUACAAUACCUUAGAUGAAAACGUGUUGUGCUUAACGAUCCGCGAUUGCUUAGAAGUUCAUGUUUCUGUAUAGUAGUCUAUUGCAAUGGUGUUUCCUGAAGCCUUCUCUAGCUGUACUUUGAUGCUGGUCAACCAUUAGCUCCAUAUAUAACAUAUGUCCGUCAGUGGACUCCUUAUCUGCAACGCGUUAGAGAUGAAAUAUUGUAGCGUUGUCGUUUUAACUUUAGCUGGCGCAGAAAAGCUGCAGUUGCAUCUAGAAUUCGUGCGACAUCGCGCGGUGAGAAACACUACCGCCGUUGUAGCUGAUACUAUCUUGUCAUAGAUCUAUAGAUACGACAGCACUCUUUAUGAGCAAAAGCACAAACUAUAUCACGCAGUAUGCUAGGCUAGCGUUUUUUUAUCUAUUGUUAUUUCAACUCAGAUGACAAACUGCGCCCUUUAUUCCUUCAGCUCAUGAGGCAGGCUCUCCGUGAAAGUGUCAAAUUUUUCAAACAACCUUGUUCAAGAGGUGCAGUGGCACAAUGUUCACUAUAGGCCAUGCCGAUGUUCUUAUACAUGCGAGAUGUAACGUGCACAUUCAUUGUUUGAAAUAAACGCGUUGUGGCUGCGUUCACAUCGGAGUUCAGUCAUA